AUGGGGUGCUCCUAGACGCUUGCCAGCCCCAGUCCCACCCAGGAACCCGGGAGCCGCCGCCGCCGCCACCGCGCGCGCCGAGAGCUUGGAGCCUCGUUGCCAGCCCAGGGACUCGCGGCCCGGGCCGCGGGCCGAGGGGAGCCGCGGGGCAGGAGAGGAGGUCCUGAGCCCAGCUGAGCGCCCGCCGAGAGGGCGUUCUCCCCGCCCCCGGUGCCUCGCCCUCCUGACCCGCCCCAAGCACUGGGAGAUCACCUCCGCCGUCACCUCCUCCUCCCCUCAUCCAGGUCCACCCGAGGCUCCCUCCCCCAAGCCGCCCCUGAACACGAAGUUGGCGGGAGCCUAUAAAAGCCGGUGACGGCGCGACCCGCGGACACACGGUGCAGGCGCCCGAGCCGCCGCCGCUACAACGGCGCCAACUCCUGACCUGCCUCGACCAGCGGCGCCGCGACCAUGGCCCAUCACUGGGGAUACAGCAAGCACAACGGACCAGAGAACUGGCAUAAGGACUUCCCCAUUGCCAAGGGAGAGCGCCAGUCCCCUGUUGACAUUGACACCAAAGCAGCCCUUCAUGACCCUGCCCUGAAGUCUUUGUGUCCUUCCUACGAGCAAGCGGUUUCUCGGAGGAUCCUCAACAACGGUCACUCUUUCAACGUGGAAUUUGAUGACUCACAGGACAAAGCAGUGCUGAAAGGAGGACCCCUCACUGGCACUUACAGAUUGAUUCAGUUUCACUUUCACUGGGGUUCAUCUGAUGGGCAAGGUUCUGAGCAUACUGUGGAUAAAAAGAAAUAUGCUGCAGAGCUUCACUUGGUUCACUGGAACACCAAAUAUGGGGAGUUUGGAAAAGCUGUGCAGCAACCUGAUGGACUUGCUGUUUUAGGUAUUUUUUUGAAGAUUGGUGAUGCCAGACCAGGCCUACAAAAAGUCCUUGAUGCACUGGGUUCUAUAAAAACAAAGGGUAAGAGUGCUGACUUCACUAACUUUGACCCUUGUGGCCUCCUUCCCGAAAGUUUGGACUACUGGACCUACCCAGGCUCACUGACCACUCCUCCCCUUCUGGAAUGCGUGACCUGGAUUGUGCUCAAGGAGCCCAUCAGCGUUAGCAGUGAGCAGAUGCUGAAAUUCCGCAGGCUUAAUUUCAAUAAGGAGGGCGAGCCUGAGGAACUGAUGGUGGACAAUUGGCGCCCAGCUCAGCCCCUGCACAACAGACAGAUUAAAGCAUCCUUCAAAUAGGAUGGCCCCAGAGCCCACAGCCAAAGAGUGGAUCUUUGGGCUUCCCCUUAGCUAAGCACAAAUCUACCUUGGUAAAUUGGACCUUGGCUGCUUUGCAUCUGGUUUUCUAGAUCCUUUAUCUCUCACCUGUUGUGCUUAUUAGUAAAAUGUGAAGAACUUGACCAGUUGUCGUGCUUGACCGAAUUGCUGUGACUAGAGCUUUGCUUAUGGUAAUAGCCUUUCUGUACUAGAGAACAUAAUAUAAGGAGUAGGCAAAAAAAACAUCUUGACUUUGUUCAUAGCACAUGGGGUGAUGAGCACUGACCUUUGUUCACAAAAAUGCUAACUUUAAAACAUAGGAAAGUAGGAUGAUUGAGUGCAAAUCCAUACCAUGAGAUAAAUUGAGCUCUGUAAUGUAAAUCAGGUGAAAUAGUCAUGAUUCUAUGUAAUGUAAAUCAGAUGAAAUAAAUGUUCAUGAUUCUGAGAUGUUAUAUUAAAGAAAAAAAUUUUUAAUUCUUAUAUAUUUGUAGCAAUGUUAUCUUGAAAAUGAAUUAUGUUGUAAUUUAGUGUCUUUUGAAUUACAGAGAUGUAUAUGAAGUAUUAUCUGUAAAAAUUGUUAUAGUUGUGAUACAGAGUAUAUUUCCAUUCCAAUAAUAUAUCAUAACUUAAUAAAUAUUGUAUUUUAGAUAUAUUCUUUAAUAAAAUUUAGACUUCUA